GUUUAUGGAGUUCUAUUCAACACAUGGCAAGAAAAAGCUCUACAUCGGCGCCCUCUUCCCCAUGAGCGGUGGCUGGCCUGGGGGCCAAGCCUGCCUCCCCGCCGCUCAGAUGGCCCUGGACCUGGUGAAUAAGAGGACUGACAUACUACCAGACUACGAGCUGGAGCUGAUACACUACGACAGUAUGUGUGAUCCAGGGGAAGCCACCAAGCUGCUGUAUGACCUUCUGUACACGGAGCCCAUUAAGAUCGUUCUGAUGCCGGGAUGCAGCUCCGUGUCCACCUUGGUGGCCGAAGCUGCUCGCAUGUGGAACCUCAUAGUGUUGUCCUAUGGCUCCAGCUCUCCAGCACUUUCCAACCGCCAGCGUUUUCCCACCUUCUUCCGCACGCAUCCUUCCGCCACCCUGCACAACCCCACUCGUGUGCAGCUCUUCCAAAAGUGGAAAUGGACCAAGAUUGCCACUAUUCAGCAGACAACAGAAGUUUUUACAUCAACUCUGGAUGAUUUGGAGGAAAGAGUGAAAGAGGCAGGGAUUGAAAUCAGCGUUCGCCAAAGCUUCCUCACCGACCCUGCUGUGGCUGUCAAAAACCUCAAGCGCCAAGAUGCCAGAAUUAUCGUUGGCCUCUUCUAUGAGACAGAAGCCAGGAAGGUCUUCUGUGAGGUGUACAAGGAGAAGCUGUAUGGGAAGAAAUAUGUGUGGUUCCUCAUUGGCUGGUAUGCAGACAACUGGUUCAAGAUCAAGGACCCGUCCAUCAACUGUACUGUGGAACAGAUGACAGAGGCUGUGGAGGGUCAUGUGACCACUGAGAUUGUUAUGCUCAACCCAGAGACAGUGCGAGGAGCCUCCAACCUGACUUCCCAGGAGUUUCUAGCCCAGUUGAUGUCUAAGCUUGGGGGUAAAAAUCCAGAAGAGACUGGUGGUUUCCAGGAGGCCCCACUUGCCUACGACGCUGUGUGGGCUCUUGCUCUGGCCCUCAACAAGACUGUGGGGCCUCUAAAGUCCAAAGGUCAUCGGCUAGAAGAUUUCAACUACAACAACCGAGGUAUCACAGCUGAGAUCUACCGAGCCCUCAACACCAGCUCCUUUGAAGGAGUUUCAGGUCACGUUGUAUUUGAUGCCCAAGGGUCUCGAAUGGCCUGGACUCUCAUUGAACAGCUUCAAGGAGGGAGCUACAAGAAGAUUGGAUACUAUGACAGCACUAAAGGCAAUCUCUCCUGGUAUGGGAAUGACAAGUGGAUAGGCUCUGGACCACCUGCAGACCAGACAGUGGUCAUCGAGGAGUUUCGCUACCUGUCCCAAAAGCUCUUUGUGUCUGUGUCUGUCUUUGCUGGGUUGGGCAUCCUGCUGGGAAUCAUCUGCCUCACCUUCAACAUCUACAACAGCAAUGUCAGGUACAUUCAGAACUCUCAGCCCUACCUUAAUAACAUGACUGCAGUGGGCUGUAUGAUGGCUCUAGCUGCUGUCUUCCCUUUGGGUAUUGAUGGCCUUCAUGUCCACAGGAGGCAGUUCCCUGUCGUCUGCCAGUUCCGCCUGUGGCUGCUGGGUCUGGGUUUCAGCCUUGCGUAUGGCAGCAUGUUCACCAAGAUCUGGUGGGUCCAUACUGUCUUUACCAAGAAGGAUGAGAAGAAGGAUAAGAGAAAGCACCUGGAGCCGUGGAAACUCUACGCUACUGUUGGCGUUCUGCUCAGCAUCGACGUCCUGUCUCUCAUGAUCUGGCAGAUUGUGGACCCAUUACAUAUCACAGUGGAGAAAUUCACCAGAGAAGCCCCCAAAGGAGACCUGGAUGUUUUAAUCCAGCCAUUACUGGAGCACUGCAGCUCAGAAAAGAUGAACACCUGGCUAGGUGUGGUGUACGGUUAUAAAGGCUUACUGCUGCUGCUUGGCAUCUUCCUGGCUUAUGAGACCAAAUCCAUCUCCACGGAGAAGAUCAAUGACCACCGAGCUGUGGGCAUGGCCAUCUAUAAUGUUGCUGUUCUGUGUAUGAUCACAGCUCCGGUCACCAUGAUCCUGUCUUCCCAGCAGGACGCCUCCUUCGCCUUCGCCUCCCUGGCCAUCGUCUUCUCGGUCUACAUCACCCUAGUGGUUCUGUUCAUUCCUAAGAUGCGGCGUCUGAUCACACGGGGUGAGUGGCAGUCAGACGCCCAGGAGACAAUGAAGACCGGCUCGUCCACCAACAACAACGACGAGGAGAAAUCCAGACAGCUGGAGAGAGAGAACAAGGAGCUACAGAAGAUAAUCCAGGAGAAAGAGGAACGUGUGUCAGAGCUGAGGAACCAGCUCUCUGAGCGACAGGCCCUGCGAUCAAGGAGAAGAGCAUCCACCAUCACUAAUCAGAACCACAGCUCUCCCCCGCUCACCAUCCCCCAGAGUGACCCAAGAUCCCUGGCCCCUCCUCCAGGGUACCCAGCCCCCACCUCUGACCUCCACCCUGUCCCUCCAUCUUUCGCCAACUCAUCCAGCCUCUACCAGCCGGACAGCAAGAUCAGCCGCAAUAACUGCCACACCAGCCGGCUGCAGCUACUCUACAAGUGAGGUGAAGGUGAACAGUGGAGGGAGGAGGACUGUCAUGACGUUCAAAACUACAUAGAGGUGGAGAGAAUGAGGUAUGAACAUGUGAUUCAGUAAUAAAUCAGUAUCUGUUGGAGGAGCUGAGUCAUACAGAUCACCUGAGUACAACCAGUGGAAAGGCUAAUAUCUAAGAAUCUUCAGUGAGGAUCUAAAUUUCCACUUGUUCCACUUUUCCCAAGCUAAUCAAUAUGUUGCUCUUAUUUUCUCCCAAAGAAAAAAAGAUGUACAUACAUUUUGUUAUACAAUUUUGCAUCUGUCAUCUACCAGUGAUUUAUCAUGUGCCAGAUGGGGUUUGAGAAAAAAAUGCUCAAAACUGACUAUUCAUUAAGCCUAGCCCCCUAAGCUCUGGUUGCUAAGUCUGGUAACCGUUCCAUUGUAGCAUAGCACAUAUGCAGUUCAAAGUUAUAAUGGUGACAGCUUUACCACUCAAAAUUAAUAGUGAUUUUUGAAACAAUGCAUCCUUAAUUUCAAUUGUGGAUUUCAAAGGUAAACAAAAUUAAGCUUUCUAUUUCUAGUCGGUGACCUCCAUUUUUAUCAGUUUAAAUGUCAACUGUUGCAGGCAAAUUUUAUCAACUCUAGACAGCUAACAAGCUUAUAAACCUGAGCAAAUCUGGCAGUUGAUUAAAAACUGUCUUCAACUGACUCACUGCAAAAUGUCUCUGUAACGGGGUCUGAAAUAUGCAGUUAAUGGCUACAUACAUGAUCAUGCUUAAACACUGAGGCUAAAGUUAACAGGCAAAGGAUUAGCAUCCUUGCCAGUUGAUGAUUCAUGUGGAAGAUAUGGAAAUAAAGGAGCAAAUUCGUUCUAUUUUGAAUGAUAGCUAGUUAGCCCUACAAUAAUACAGUAUGAUAAGCAAAAAAACAAAAAAGAUCAGACUGUUAUUUCAUUCUUACAUAACCCUAUAUGGUUGCUCAAUAUAGAAAAACAUACUUGACCAAGCAACACAGAGGUUUGAGUUAUGUUUUAAUUC